GAGCCUGCGGACGUGGACGGAGGACACGCACCCCUACCACGGGGGGAGGGGGUGCUGUCUGCCACCCGUGGCCGUCCAGGAUGCCGGCGGGGAUUCUGCCCGAGACCUGGGCACCACCGGGCGCGCUCGGCGCUGCUCCCCUGGGAAACCGGCCUGGAAUGCCUGUCGGGAGGAGAGUGGGGGAAGGGGAGCCAGCAGGGACUCCCGAGUUGCUGCCGCCGCCUUGGCCUGCUGCCCCUGAGCACCAGAGAAAGACCCUAGCCACAGAAUGGAGAAUUCUUCUGUGACCCUGGCCAGGGCAGGGGGUGACACCUCUUUAAAGGCAGCCGUGUGCUUCCUUAGUGAAGGGCCAUAUUCAUUUACAAAUGUAGUCUCUCCAUUUGAGGUCACUCUGCCAGGCGGGGCGUGGAGCUUUAAGGCCGAAGCCUGUGGCUUUGUGGUGGGGGAGGAGGACCGGGUGAUGGCACAAAGAUGACCGCCCUGGAGGAGCGCAGAGCCUCACACACAUUCUCUCUCCCUUCCCCAGCAGAGGAAGAACCAAUGUUGGAACGGCGCUGCAGGGGCCCCAUGGCUAUGGGCCCGGCCCAGCAGGGGCUCCUUUCUGGGCCCUCCCAGGAGGCCCCCCAGGCUCUGGAUAAGGAGUCCAUCAGAGGGUUGAGGCAUCUGGGCAAGUCAGUAGCCCAGCCAGGUGGCCAAGUCCCGGGCAAGGCCCAUCGUUGUGCCCACUGUCGAAGGCACUUUCCAGGCUGGAUGGCCCUGUGGCUUCACAGCCGGCGGUGCCAGGCCAGGCUGCCACUGCCCUGUCCUGAAUGCAGCCGACGCUUCCGCCACGUCCCUUUCCUAGAAUUGCACCGCCAGGUUCAUGCAUCUGCCAUCCCAGACCUGGGCUUCUCCUGCCACCUUUGUGGGCACAGCUUCCAAGGUUGGCUGGCCCUGUUACUGCAUCUGCGGGCCCACUCGGCUGCAAAGAGGCCCAUCGCCUGUCCCGAAUGUGAGAGACGCUUCUGGCGACAAAAGCAGCUUCGAGCUCAUCUGCAGCGGCGUCACCCUCCUGCCCAGGAGGCCCGGCCCUUCAUAUGCGGCAACUGCGGUCGAAGCUUUGCCCAGUGGGACCAACUGGUUGCUCACAAGCGGGUGCACGUGGCCGAAGCCCUGGAGGAGGCAGCAGCGAAGGCUCUGGGGCCCCGUCCCCGGGGCCGUCCGGCCGUGACGGCUCCCCGUCCUGGCGGAGACGCCGUGGACCGCCCUUUCCAGUGUGCCUGCUGCGGCAAGCGCUUCCGCCACAAACCCAAUCUGAUCGCCCACCGCCGCGUGCACACGGGCGAGCGGCCGCACCAGUGCCCGGAGUGCGGGAAGCGCUUCACCAACAAGCCCUACCUGACCUCGCACCGGCGCAUCCACACGGGCGAGAAGCCCUAUCCGUGCUCCGAGUGCGGCCGCCGCUUCCGGCACAAACCCAACCUGCUGUCGCACAGCAAGAUCCACAAGCGGUCGGAAGGCCCCGUGCAGGCCACCGCCACCCCCACCCCCGGCGCCGGCGCCCCCCAGCCUCCGGCCCCGGCCUCGGAGUCCGCGGCCCAGCCCGGUCCUGAGAAGCCCGCGGCGGAGCCUGCGCCCCGGGGGCCUCCGCAGGGCCCGGCCGAGGCGACCCCGACCCUCUUCAGCUGCGACGACUGCGGCCGGGGCUUCCGGCUCGAGCGCUUCCUGCGGCUGCACCAGCGGCAGCACAGCGGGGAGCGGCCCUUCGCGUGCCCCGAGUGCGGCAAGGGCUUCGGCAAGAAGACGCACCUGGUGGCGCACUCGCGCGUGCACUCGGGCGAGCGGCCCUUCGCGUGCGAGCAGUGCGGCCGCCGCUUCUCGCAGGGCAGCCACCUGGCGGCGCACCGGCGCGACCACGCCCCCGAGCGGCCCUUCGUGUGCCCCGACUGCGGCAAGGCCUUCCGCCACAAGCCCUACCUGGCCGCGCACCGGCGCAUCCACACCGGCGAGAAGCCCUACGCGUGCCCGGACUGCGGCAAGGCGUUCAGCCAGAAGUCCAACCUGGUGUCCCACCGGCGCAUCCACACCGGCGAGCGGCCCUACGCCUGCCCGGACUGCGACCGCAGCUUCAGCCAGAAGUCGAACCUCAUCACCCACCGCAAGAGCCACAUCCGGGACGGCGCCUUCUGCUGCGCCAUCUGUGGCCAGACGUUUGACGACGAAGACCGACUCCUGACCCACCAGAAGAAGCAUGAUGUCUGAGACGGACAGGGCUGUGGGGCCUGGGGAGAGAAGCCCUGGGCGUCCUUGGGCAACAGGGGCUUGGCCAUGGGCGCAGUGCCAGCUGAUGCUGCUGGAGGGCGUGGCUGGAACCCCCAGGGAUGGAAGAGGUAGCGCGAGCUGGGCCCUGUGUAGUGAGGGAGUGGCCAGGGAACCCUUUUCAGGUGUGCGGGGACGCGGCCUCCAGCUGGUGUUUCUAGGCGUCCUUUUAGGGCUGCCUUGUGCCCUGAAAAAGCAGCAAUAGCAGCCCCACUCACCCUUAGAGCCCUCGGCUAGAGGAGCCGCCAGUGCAUCCUCUGGUGUUAACGCCUUAAAUGUCCCAGUCUUUACUACGAGUUACUUCAGGUCACUUUUGGAUUAGAUGUGGCAUAGUCCUCAGUAAAGCAACACUCCGGCAGGGAAAGUGGGCCAGCUGGGUGUACCCUGGCGACUGGCAGCAGGAGAGGAGAAGCUGAGCUGCUUUGACCAGUGCCCUCUCCCCACUGCUCCCUGCAUGGGGUACCCAGUCUCCCGGGAGUAGCUCCAUCCUCUUCCUCCUCUAAGAUAAGCCUCCCAGGGCAUUGCCUCCUCCAUCUGUGUGGCUUCAUCUGCCACGUCUCCAGGUGUGGAGGGCUUCCCUGGCUGUUUUGUCUAAACCCCUGACCCUUCAUUCCUUCCUGAGUUAUGGGAAGGCGUGGCCAGCCUGCUGUGGGGAAGGUCCUGGUGAGUUUCCUUUUAAUGUUUCCAGAGUGUGGGCACCAGCCUCCAUCCAAGCCCCUGCGUGCCAGGGAGUUCCUGUCUCCGAAAGCUCUGGAUCUAUUGUAGGAUGAUUCUACUGUAGAAAUUCCUUCUCAUGAUUGAAUUCUGCUUUCCUAUGGAUUCUACCUAUUGGGCCUUGUUUUGUUCUCUGCAUCAAAACAGAGCAACCAUUUACCCUCCUUUUCAAACUAGAGAAUAAAGAUUUGCAUUGAGA